UUGACAUCUGUCAUCUGUGAUUUCAUGGAUUUCUGUCCGUCUGAAAUCCGAAAAAUAACAAAAACUUUGCAUAGAAUUUGCACAGCUGAUUUUUGUUGGUGUUUAGGAGUGUCGGCCCAAUCUAAACUUUCAAAUACUUGCCAGUUGCCAUAGUAUUGAGCACGCAAUACAAAAUUAAAAAGUUCGAGAGUAGUCCUAAUCGUAGUAUUGUUGUUUUGCCGAUUGUUAUCGACAACGUAAAAUAAAACGCAGUAUAAAGUUCCCGUUACGAUGGCUCUAACAAACGUUUUACUCCUGAGCCAGAUCGCAGGCUACGUGAUAGGUCUCAUUCUGUCACUAUGCAUAAUCGUGCCAAUGGGCAUGCAUCAGGAUGAAUUCAGCGGCCACUGCCUGCUGUUCUCCAAGGGAGUGUGGCAGGAGGAAGAUGGCCAGCUGCUGGUGUCGUGGGCCUCUAGCUCCUAUUGCAGCUAUGUCAUUGCAGUUGGGGUGCUGAUGUUUCUGAUUUGCUUAUUACAGAUAUACAGGCUCUCAAUGUUCAUGUACCGUGGCAUAGACAGCUCUUUCCUGUCGGCUUUUAUCGAAGCGGUGGGAUGCUCUGUGAUGUGCGUGCUGGCGGUGUCGGCUGCCUUGCUGGUCACACUCGGCUUCAUGACAUGGUGCCAGAACAUAGUGGAACGCUUCCCAAGUUGUGAAGAUGCAACAGGCCAGGACAUAGACAAGAAAGACAAAAUAUCUACACAUGGAUUCUACAUUGAGCUAGGCACGGCACAGUUUGGUGCUUGGGGAGCGUUCGCGACGUGCGUGGGUCUGGCGGUGUUCGCGGUGCUCAAGGUGUGCCGCUACCACCAGCUGCAGAACAUCCAGGUGUCCAUGUACCGCGAGCGGCAGCGCCUCGUGCGCGAGGGCGGCUCCACCCCGCCGCUGCUGGCGCACAACUGAGCCGAACCUGCUGCGUGUUGGUAACAUGUGCGGCUACCCUCGGUCGAACACUCUCGGUCAUUGAUCCCUACUAACUGGAUAGCUGAUACUACAGUUUGCCAUCAUUAUAGUACCUAGUGGCGCUGACUGCUUCCCACUCUGGGUCUAUAUUUUCAAACAUUUUCGGUAAGCAUUCAGUUAAUAUUCUUGAUGGUCAAAACUUUUUGGUAAUAGCUAGCUUAGUUUAUUUAGCUAAAGUGUUUUUCAGAUAGCAUUGGUACGGUGAUUGUCGCCUGUAUGACGUUCAUAAUACUUAGAGUGAAAUGAACUGUCACCCGCACCAUCCUACCUGAAAUGAACUGUAGCACUAUUUAGCUAGUUUGGCAUCUACAAUUAACAUAGUAUUUAUAACAGUUAUUUGGCAACUAUCCUACAUAUUAAAUUGAAUUUUUGUUCCAAAUUUAGCAUUGUUACAAAGGUAAGCUAUUUGGAAACUACCUCCAAUUUAACAUUGAAUGGAUUCUCUGGUCAAGAUUCCCAGUGACCUUUUUUCAAAUGAGCUACAGAUUGACUGAUAACUAUUGAGUAUUUAAGGGAUUCAGAAAUAUGUUGACAACAAUUUCAGAUCUAACCAUUGCAUACCUGUAGAUAUGUAUGCGUAUUGUACUUCAGGCAGCAUUUUCUAUUUAUUUUUUUAAUUAUUACAAUAUAAAGAACACCAUGUACAAACUCGUGGAUUUUUUUUAUCAGAUUAUUGUUUUGCCAGUGUUCUAUGUAAUAUUUUUUAUUUGAAGUAAUUUUGUAAUUUGACCGCUAGCAUUUUGUAAUUGUAACAGAUUAGAAAAAUGAUUAUUGUAAGAUUGUUCUUGUAUAUAGAGUCGUAAAUAAUUUUAUAUGUUAGAACUUACUACAAAUCUAAAAAUAUCAAUAUAAAAACAUUAUUAUAAUAAAUAUAGUACCUAAUAUUGGGCAUAUACCUAUUUAUUAAGUUAACCAUAGAUUUAAGUGUGUAUGUUAAAUUUAAAAAUGAUUUUCUGACCAUAAAAUAUUAUAUGAAGUUAAUUUUUGGUUUAAAUUGGCAAAAUUAUAAAUAUGUAACAACAUAUUUUAUAAAUGUGUGGGUUUGUUGUUCAUUACCAAUUUUUGACUCAAUUGCUGAACCAAUAAUUAUUAUAAUGGUAGGCGUCCACAGAACGCAUCGCAUCAAACGGAUUUUAGUAUUCUUUGUAUAGAAAGUUAUUCAAGUGCGUCCACUGAUCCACAUCAUACAGAUUUUAUCAUUCGUAAAAUUAAAAAUCCCUUUGAUGCGAUGCAGAAAGUUAGUUGAUACACUAUAUGUCCUUAGUAAAAAUCUGUUUUGUGAAAACAGACAAAGUUUACCUCAGAAAUAAAAUUAUUUUCUCGGGAUCUUUAAAAUCUACUAGUAGGUAUAAUCUAUAUAACAAUGACUAGUCAAAUUUCUUGUACAGUAAAAGUUAUUUUCGGCACUUCUGAUAAAAAUUGGUUUUUGUAGACUUUUUCAACUACCAUUUAAUUGUCAGAAACUGACAUAAGACCCAUCUCGUGGCGCACAUGACAUCUUGGGCCCAUUGCAGUUACAAAUAAAGCUCAAAACUAUUCUACCUGGCUAGAGAGUAGGAAUGUGAUUUAUUUUUCAAAAAAAUAUCUUGAGCCAAUCUGAAAUUUGUAUUACAUUAAAGGAGAAAGACAAAUUACAAAGACAAAACUUGUAAAUAAGCAAUCCGACACAUAUCUGAAGGUAUAGAAAUCGGUCCAAGUAUUUCAUGUGGGUUAUAGUGAUUUUAAUUAUAUGUAUUUCCCAUUUAUAGAUCUUCACACAAAAUUACUUUUUGUUUUUCAAGAAAAAAUUUAAUUAAAUUGUGAUAUUUUAGAGACUAGUUUGUACAAAAAAUAAUGUAUUUAUCUAUUUCAUAGUUAAAUUAAACUAUAGUUGAUAUUAUUUUGGAUAGACAGACUUUAUGAUGUUAUUAUAAUUUACCUGUUUGUGUUCUCACAUAGACAAGUAGAGUUUAUGGUAAAGUUUUAAUUUCGAUAAGGACAUAUUUGGACGAUUUAGUAAACUAACCUUAGGGGUUUUCAUAAUAACGAACUAGGUAAACGGCUCAUCUAAUGAAAUAAUAUUAUAUAAUUCACAUUUGAAGGUAGUUAGUUUGAAAUUGCAGAAAUUAGCAAUACUAACAUUGUAGUGACAUCUAGUGGUCAUUCGCUUUGACGUUAAAAUCGUUCAGUCGUAACGUACUUUGUGACGUCAUUUAUUGAUAAAAAAUAUUGUUUAUUGUCAAGGUUCUCGUCACAAAUUACCAUGUGCAAUCAUUGUGUAAUCUAAUUAAGGCCUCCCUUCUGUGUCAUAAGGAUCUCGUAAUAAACUUAAUUUUAAGAUUUUUAUUAUUUAUAUUUGUAUCCAAAUGUUAACGCAAAUGUAUUUCAAAUAAGUUAUAAAAAUAAAAUAUCUGAGAUAUUCA